AACCUUGUCAAGUUUCAUACGAGAGAGCCAACACUCGCAAAAACACUAUCUUUGCAGGAAUCUAAGAUAUCAGGAAAAGAUCAGGAUAGCAGCGGCAUAAGUCUAGCGGUUGCUGCUGUGGCCGGGGUAGCAGCUGCAGCUUACGGGAUAGCUUCCCUCUUUUCAGGCUCUGAAAGCACCAGCACCAACGGGAAGACCAUGAAAGCUCCUGGAAGGGACGCCCGCAUUCUCAGGGAUGAUUUCGAGAGGAACCCUUCUGGGUACUUCCGCGAUCUUCGCAACAAGUAG